UUCCAAAGAUAUAUAGGGUUAGUCGAACAGGAAAACCGAAAAAGAGACGCAUAUCGCAUAUCCGUUAACGAACAUUACCUAGUCAUCAUCUUUGUGCAAUAGAUGACUACUUCACCGAUGUAUAAAAUCAUUUUCCGAGGGAACAGUUCCUAGUAGUGAUGGCAAUGGGGCGGGGCGGGGCGGGUACCUCAAUUCCCAUGCCCUGCCCCACGCUACUACGGGUCGGGGCGGGUAAAACCCGCGCGGGUACAGGGCGGGGCGGGUCGACCUACUCUUACGUGUUGUUCAAAAAAAAAAAUACAAGUAAAUUUUACUUUUUACAAUAAAACGUGGGGAAAAACACUUUAAGAAUGAAAAAUAUUGAUAAUAGAAUGGAUAAUUGAGCCUAACAAGUUGAAAGAUCGACUCUAACUAGUUGAAGAAAGUCAAAAUAGGAGAAAUAUGUAUAGAUAUUAUAAGAAAUUGAGAUAAAUGAGUCUAGAACGGGGCGGGACGGGGCAGAAAGGGUAGGAAGUAGAUACUCAUACCCGCCCCAACGCAGAUCAGAUCGGAUAAUACCCGCGGGACGGAUUGAAAUUGUCAUCUUCCUAGUGCAAAAAAUGAAACGUAAUUUCAUCCGUACCAACAUCGGGCAUUAAGAAGUUAAACACAGAGGAAGAAGUGUUUCUUAAAAUAACACCGGCCGCCAGCCUGCCCUUGUUUAUUCCGGCACCUCGCCUAGGGCCUAUCUAUUUCCUCCUUUUCCGGCUGCUCUGAUCCUUUAAUUUCAUCACUUUCAGACUCUGAUUCUUUUAUCCCUUUCCAGCGUGUAAUAAUUCGUCCACAGCGAUAAUCCUAAACUCUUAAUUAAGCCUAAUUAAAUAACGCAACACAGACUAAGCAGACAACUAUAUACAACUAAUUAAUUACCUUUCCAUACAUUUUAUAUGCACAUUAUGCGUAAUUAAGAACCCAAAUCAGAAUAUUUGAUUUUUGAUGUGGAGGCUCAAGUCGUGCAGAGCGAUGGUUAGUAUUACGAAGCUGCUGCGGCGGCGGCAGCGUAGUGGGUCGAGGUUCCGGCGGCUGCAGAGGGGCGGCGGCGUGCCGGGGGACGUGAAGAAGGGACAUUUCGCGGUGGAGGUGAAGAAUAGUAACGGCGGCGACGAAGUGACGACGACGACGACGGCGAGGAGAGUUGUGGUUCCACUGCGGUGUUUGAGGAAUCCCCAGUUUGUGAAGAUGAUGGAUCAAGCCGCCGGCGAGUACGGGUUCCGGUGUCAAGGUACCGUCACGGUUUGCUGCCGGCCGGCCGAUUUGGAAGCGGUUUUGGCUUUCUGCUUACGUUGAUGAUGAUCCUAUAUAUCUCAAGGUGGCUUUAUCUAAUUUUCAUUUUUUCUCUUGUCCUCAUUGAGGAAUUCGUUUUUGGAUACGUACAUCUAAUGAUUUGAUGAUCAGUAGAAUAAAACCACGAGAAUUUGAAUGUCGUUCUUUCUUAAUUAUAAAUGAUCAUAAGUGAUCGUUUCAUUGUAUUUGAUCUAAUAUUGAAUGUUAUCCUACUAUAUAUUCUCUUUUCAUCCCCGUGAUCUAAAUCCAAUUCACAGCUAACUUUGUGCCGGAGUUUGACAUUUGAAAAUGAAAGUUGGUUGGGGUUGCAUCUGUGUGUGCUGGUUCGUGCUAGCGUCGACGACAUGACGACACAGUCAUUUUCAGACUCGUUUAUCUCGUAUUGUGCUUAGCACGGCUCAUUUUUUGAGUUUCAUGUUGUAUCGUACUAGUUCAAUUUAAUAAAAUUUGAUAGAUUUGGUGCGUAACGAAGGAAGGAAAGAAAAGUGAAAAAGAAAAAAAGGAGAAAAAUUCUAAGGGGAAACGAAAGUAUCAAUUGACAUGACUGAGAAAAAGGUAACAAAUAAGAUGUAUAAGAUAAUUGGCAUUAUAGUAGAAGUAGUAAUUUGGUCGUCACAUGUGUGUAAUUUUUUUGAGUAUUUUUUAUUUAUGAUCGUAAUUAGAUUUAAUAUUUUUAUGAGCAUGUCAGAAAAAAUAUUUUGAGUAUAGUUAUAUUUUGUAUUUCUUGAACUCGUAAUUCUAUUUAUACUUAUUUUCUAUAAAAAAAAUUAUCUUUCUUCUGUCAUGUUGGGCCUAUAAAUGUUUCUCAAAAAUAUUAGGCAGGAUCUGUGUUGAUACAAUUUAGAUCUGACACGACCCAUAGUUUCUGGCUAUGUACCUAUGAUCGAUUUUAUGGAUUGGAUAGGCAUGAGAAAGCAAGGAUAUGAAGACUGAAGUUAUCUAUGUAUAUACAUAUAGGUGGUCAAUUAUUGCUGCAUCAUAAAUCUACUAGCUAGCUUCUCCUACUUCAUCUUCGAAGGUGGUUAGUUAUUUCAUUGCAGGAAAUGUUAUAUCAAUUUGUGCAUUGAAAACCGGCGGUGAGCAAAUAUAUUGAAUUUGUUACUGCCGGUUUUUGUUCCUACAUAAGCAAAUAUAUUGAUCAAACCACUGGCUGAAAGCUAAAAAAGCCUCUCUCUUACUUUACCUUUCGGCUUUCACUCUCCCUUCUCUCUAAAGCAAGCCUCUAGUCUCCAGCCUUCCAUGGCUGCCGCCGGCUCCCUCUGGUGACCGGCGGCAGCCCAAGUGCUCUCAUUUACUUUGUUUUUCUUGCUUUCCAUGCUUUUUACAUUUUUUUGUCUCUCAGUUUUCUUGCUUUUCUCCAGCCGUUUGGCAUUCCAACUGUUGUGGCUUUUCAGAUCUAGGAUUUUCCAGUAUCAAGGCUUGCUCUUUUGGGGAUAUGGAGUUUGCAGCUAGGGAGGCUUUAUGGCAGCGUGUGAUGGUUGUUCUUCCAGGCUGGUGGUCUCAUCUCCUAGGUGAAGCCAUUCUCAUAUUUCCCCUUCCGGCCUCCCCAGGUUGAUGUUGGUGCUUGGAGCGUCGUUGGAUCGUAGAGGGCUGAGUCUUCUCCGGUUGUUGCGGUGGGAAUCGGUUCUUUUGUGGCGGUUUGUGGAUUUUCCAGGAAGCUCGGCUCCCAUUUGAACAUGACCCUGCUGUUUGGGCCCUCUGCCUUCUCAGCUUGGAGCAAUCAGUUUCACAGCCUCGCGUUGAGAUUCACUGUGAUGGAUGUCUUGAACAAUCCCCAGGAGACGACUUAUGGCAUUGCUUGUCCAAUCGCCAUGGAUCUCGCUAUGAUCUGACAAGGUGUUUUGAUCUUUUUGCCCUUGGUUUGGUAGGAAGAGAGAGGGUUUAUGAAAGUUAUGUGUUUGUUUUAAGAGCUAGGCUGGUUGUUGUGUGAUGUCAAUCUAUGCCUUGUUUUUCUCUGCUGUAUUUUCCCAGGCAUAGUUUGAUAUCAACCUGUGUUCCCUUGUUGCCUUGAUCUUGGUUUGAAUCUGGGUUUUUGUUCCCUCUCUGUAACCUUUCAUUCAAAGAGCAAUAAAGAUCCCUUUGUAAACAAAAAAAUAUUGAUGGAUACUAAUUUUCUCUUCUGAAUAUAGUCAUGAUAGAAUUUUUAAUGAUUUGUCAAAUAAUCACCUCGUAUACAUUUGGAUAGUGAGUUGAAGGUUAAUGGUCUGGCCGCUCUAGUCCGGAUAUAUGAAAAAUGUCAUUAUAUUAUUCAUAUAUGUAUAAAUUGUAUCAAAUCUC